CAUGCUGUAUCUACCAAGUACCUGAGCACAACAAUGAGGAAAUAAGAGGGCUCGAGGCGUUCGUUUUUGUAGUUCUUAGAAACUGAAAUGGAGUCGCUCUCGGUGGAAGAGCUGUCUUGUCCCGUGUGCUGUGAGAUCUUCAGAUCUCCUGUGUUUCUGUCAUGCAGUCACAGUGUCUGUAAAGACUGUCUUCAGCACUUCUGGAGGACCAAGAAAACUAAGGAGUGUCCGGUCUGCAGGAGAAGAUCCUCUAAAACCGAUCCUCCUGGAAAUCUUGUGUUGAAGAACCUGUGUGAGUCCUUCUUGAACGUCGAGGAGGUUUGUGAUUUGCAUGGUGAGAAACUCAAACUCUUCUGUGUGGAGGACAAAGAGUCUGUGUGUUUAGUGUGCAGAGAUUCAGAAAAACACAAUCAGCACAAAUUCAGGACAAUCUGUGAACUUCUUCCAUCUUACAAGACGACAUUUGUCCUCUCUCCUCUAGGCCCGCACGGGCUGCUCCUUCCAACCCCUGGUUAUCCGAGGUUCUUCGUGAACAUCGGACUACACUCAGAGCGGCAGAGAGAAAAUGGCGCAAAUCAAACGAUCUGUCGGACCUCAGAGGAGCUCAGUAUCAAGUUGAAGUCCUUACAAGAAAAGCUCAAAAACACAGAGGAAGUAAAAGGAGAGUGUGAGGAAGCAGUUCAACAUAUCCAGACUCAAGCUCAGCACACAGAGCGUCUGAUUAAUGAGGAGUUUAAGAAGCUUCUUCAGUUCCUCAUCGAUGAAAAAGAGGCACUAAUCGCUGCGCUGUGGGAGGAAGAGGAGCAGAAGAUUCAGAUGAUGAAGCAGAAGCUGGAGGAGAUGAACACACAGAUCUCAGCUCUUUCAGACACCAUAAAACACAUCAAGGAGCAAAUGAAAGCCAAAGAUGCCACGUUUCUAAAUAACUUUGAAGCCACAAUGGAAAGAGCCCGGGGCCCGCAGCAGGAGCCUCACAUGAGUCCUGCGGCUUUGAUUCAUGUGGCAAACCACUUGGGCAACCUGACAUUUGGAGUCUGGCUGAAGAUGCGAGAUAUUGUCCAAAACGCUCCUGUGGUUCUGGACCCCAACACUGCACAUCCCGAGCUCAAGCUGUGUGAUGAUCUGACCGGUCUGAUGUGGAGCCCAGACACUCACGCCUGUCCCGCUAAUCCAGAGAGAUUCGACGUCUAUCCGUGUGUUCUGGGCUCUGAAGGCUUCAUCUCAGGAACACAUUGCUGGGAUGUGGAGGUUGGCGACAACACACACUGGACUGUAGGAAUAACCACAGCAUCCAACCCUAGGAAGGGAUUUACGUUCUUUGGCAAAGAUGUCUGGUGCGUGUGGUACAAAAAGAAAGAAUAUUUCUCAUAUUACCAGGACCAAGCCUACACUCCAAUUAGUGUUAAAGAGACGCUGCAGAGGGUGAGAGUUUUACUCGACUGGGAUCAAGGAAAAGUGUCUUUUUCUGAUCCUGUAACCGACACUCAUCUGUGCUCAUUCACAACAGCCUUUACGGAGAGACUCUUUCCGUUCUUCUCUAGCGUUUGUGUCACUUGUAGUCUGAGGAUCCUACCAGUUAAAAAUAUGUGACCCUGGACCACAAAACUUUCGAAAUUGAGAUUUAUACAGCUGAAUAAAUAAGCUUUCCAUUUGAACAUCUGGAAUCUGAGGGUGCAAAAAAAUCUAAAUAUUGAGAAAAUCGCCUUUAAAGUUGUCCAAAUUAAGUUCUUAGCAAUGCAUAUUACUAAUCAAUAAUUACGUUUUGAUAUAUUUACAGUAAGAAAUUUACAAAAUAUCUUCAUGGAACAUGAUCUUUACUUAUUAUCCUAAUGAUUUUUGGCAUAAAAGAAAAAUGGAUAAUUUUGACCCAUACAAUGUAUUUUUGGCUAUUGCUACAAAUAUACCCCAGCGACUUAAGACUGGUUUUGUGGUCCAGGGUCACAUAUGUGUAACAGACAAGCACAGUUAUUUGUGAUUCUGUAUAUUUUAUGUUGUAAAUGAUGUGCAUAAUAAAGACUUUUAUUACGUUUUCUUUA